UUCACUGUAUAAUUACUCAGCAAAUUGGCAACAUGGAUGUCUAAUCAUCAAAGUCCUUCUCUUACAUCAUCACUUGGGGGUGUGCGCCUAUAUAUACUACAAUUUCACCUCCCUUAUCCUUCAUCCUCACCAUUUAUUGCUUCCGCAGCAUGGCCUCCACAACCCUCAUUGUUUUCUCGCUUCUCUUCUUGGGUUUUUCGACGGCCCUGGAACCAUUUGCCUGCGACCCAAAACAUGAAGCGACGAGGAACUUGCCCUUUUGCCAAGUAAAGCUGCCGAUACAGGAUAGAGUUAAGGACCUUAUUGGCAGGUUGACAUUGUCAGAGAAGGUUGGAUUGCUGGUUAACAAUGCUGCUGCAGUUUCCAGGCUUGGGAUUAACGGGUAUGAAUGGUGGUCCGAGGCCCUUCAUGGGGUUUCCAAUGUGGGUCCAGGGACUAAGUUCGGUGAAGGCUUCCCCGGGGCCACUAGCUUCCCUCAAGUGAUCACUACCGCUGCUUCUUUUAAUGCUACACUGUGGGAGGCUAUAGGACGGGUUGUGUCAGAUGAAGCAAGAGCAAUGUACAACGGAGGAAUGGGUGGGCUCACAUACUGGAGCCCAAACGUCAACAUUUUUAGAGACCCAAGAUGGGGCCGUGGACAAGAGACUCCAGGUGAAGAUCCUUUAGUAGUGGGUACAUAUGCAGCUAACUAUGUCAAAGGGCUGCAGGGAAACGACGGUGAUCGAUUGAAGGUAGCUGCUUGUUGUAAGCACUUCACAGCCUACGACCUCGAUAAUUGGAACGGAGUGGAUCGCUUCCACUUUAAUGCUCAGGUAAGUAAGCAGGACAUCGAGGACACAUUUGAUGUGCCAUUCAGGAUGUGUGUAACAGAAGGAAAGGUGGCGAGUGUGAUGUGCUCUUAUAACCAAGUAAAUGGCAUCCCCACUUGUGCUGACCCCAAUUUGCUGCGGAAAACCGUACGCAGUGAAUGGGGCCUCAAUGGGUACAUCGUUUCAGAUUGUGAUUCCGUUGGAGUUUAUUACGAUAAGCAGCAUUAUACAUCUACUCCUGAAGAGGCUGCUGCUGAUGCCAUCAAAGCAGGUUUGGAUUUGGACUGUGGUCCAUUCCUUGGGGCACACACGGAGGAUGCAGUUAAAAGAGGCCUUGUAAGUGAGGCUGACAUAAAUGGUGCUUUGGUUAAUACGCUAGCCGUUCAGAUGAGGCUGGGGAUGUUUGAUGGUGAGCCAUCAGCGCAUCCAUAUGGAAACCUGGGUACGAAAGACGUGUGCACCCCGGCUCAUCAAGGGCUAGCCCUCGAAGCCGCCAGACAAGGCAUUGUUCUUUUGAAUAAUCAUGGUCCUACAUUGCCAUUAUCCGCUCGCCGUCAUCGCACCAUUGCCAUAAUUGGGCCCAAUUCUAAUGUCACUGUUACUAUGAUUGGGAAUUAUGCUGGCAUUGCCUGUGGAUAUACUACGCCUCUACAAGGAAUAGGGAGCUAUGCCAGGACAAUUUACCAGCAGGGUUGUGAAGAUGUAAGCUGUGCAAGUGAUCGCCUAUUUGGUGGAGCUAUUAAUGCUGCAAGCCAAGCGGAUGCAACAGUUCUCGUGAUGGGGCUUGACCAAUCCAUCGAGGCAGAGUUCAGAGACAGGGCCGGCCUUCUUCUUCCUGGACGCCAACAGGAGCUUGUAUCAAAGGUUGCAAUGGCUUCUAGGGGUCCAACCAUUUUGGUCUUGAUGUCUGGUGGGCCUAUUGAUGUGUCUUUCGCUAUGAAUGAUCCAAAAAUCUCUGCCAUCUUAUGGGCUGGUUAUCCUGGUCAAUCUGGUGGAGCUGCCAUCGCAGAUGUGUUGUUUGGAACAACGAACCCAGGAGGCAAACUGCCCAUGACAUGGUAUCCACAAGAUUAUAUCACAGAUUUGCCAAUGACAGAGAUGGCCAUGAGGUCAAGCCGAUCGAAAGGAUAUCCCGGCAGAAGCUAUAGAUUCUAUAAAGGUAAAGUGGUGUACCCAUUUGGGCAUGGAUUGAGCUACACAGUCUUCGUUCACACCAUAGCUACAGCACCCACCACAGUUUCAGUGCCCCUUGAUGGUCAUCGCCGUGGCUCUGCAAACACAACCAUCUCAAGGAAGGCAAUUAGAGUGACACAUACAAGAUGUAACAAGCUCACGCUAGGAAUUGAAGUAGACGUGAAAAAUGUUGGCUCCAAGGACGGGACUGACACAUUGCUAGUCUACUCUAAACCACCGGCAAGACAUUGGGCUCCGCACAAGCAAUUGGUAGGCUUUGAGAAGGUUCAUGUAGCUGCAGGAACACAGCAGAGAGUGAGAAUUAAUAUACAUGUGUGCAAGUAUCUAAGUGUUGUGGAUAAGUCAGGAAUUCGAAGGAUUCCAAUGGGUGAACAUAGUCUUCACAUUGGUGAUAUUAAGCACCAAGUUUCACUUCAACCCACAGUUCUUGGGGUGAUAAAGUCCUAGUUUCCUCCUGUCUUCUGGUUUUUUGUUGGCUAGAGAUGCCACAAUCUUUCUAAAUCAAAACUAUAGGCAUACUCCUCCAUUUUUAGUAUAAUUAGUGGAGUAUCAUAGUACCAUUACAUGAUUUGUUCUUUUUGUUCCGUGAAAAUUCAAUCUAAGUUUUUUGGUUUUGAUGGGAA